AUGUUGAAAACAGAGCCUAUCGUCACCGAGGUGCCGGUUGCCCCUGCCCAGCAGCCAUCCCCAGACUCCCCAACAACCAACACCCGACACAGCAAUCAUAUUAUCUUGACCACAUAUCCAGGCCAGAGCGGCAUUGAGCCGGUCCCUCUUGAGUGGGGUGCCGCCGAUGCCAAAUCCCGCGGGCCGAUAGUUGUAUCGCGCAGUGGGAACCUCCUCAAGCGCCGCAAUGCCAUCGGAGCCCACGGCGGCAGCUACAGCAUCUACAAUGCUCUCGCAAUUGCCGCAGGCGACUUGGAUGCGAAUUUCCGACCGGACUUCCGCAACUCCGAGCCCACCUUCAACUUCCCUUGGCAGGCUGCGUGGGCGGAUAAGACCAAGAUCGUCUCUAUGGAUCCUUAUGGCCAUGACAUUGUCAACCAGUUCAAGGAGGAGCUGGAUGCGGGUUGGGAUAUUCGUCCCACCAUGGCCGUCACUCGUGCUAACAUGAAGCUCGCGGAGAUUGCUGAUGACGUCAAAAACGGUCUGCUUGACGUCGAUGGGUCGAUUCUUGUGGACUCUUCGGGCGAGGUUCGUGUAACCAAGGUUGCUGCCGAGCCGGUUUGGUAUCUGCCAGGGGUUGCCGAGCGCUUCGGCGUGGAUGAGGGCACUCUCCGUCGGACUUUGUUCGAGCACACUGGUGGAAGCUAUCCGGAGCUCAUCACUCGGCCCGAUCUUAAGACUUUCUUGCCGCCCAUUGGAGGCCUUACCGUGUAUAUCUUCGGACCUCCAGAGCGUAUUUCAGACCCGAAUGUCAAGCUGGCCCUCCGAGUUCACGAUGAGUGUAACGGCAGUGAUGUCUUCCAGUCGGACAUUUGCACUUGUCGACCAUACUUGGCCUUCGGUAUUCGGGAAGCCAUUCGCGAGGCUCAGAAUGGAGGCAGUGGUGUCGUGAUCUAUUUCCGCAAGGAAGGUCGAGCCCUGGGAGAGGUGAUCAAGUACCUGGUAUACAAUGCGCGCAAGCGUGGAGGUGAUACUGCCGAUAAAUAUUUCACUCGGACAGAGAACAUCGCCGGAGUCCGAGAUAUGCGAUUCCAAGCACUCAUGCCCGACAUCCUGCACUGGCUUGGUAUAACGAAGAUCGACCGCAUGCUGUCAAUGUCUAAUAUGAAGCACGAUGCGAUCGUCAACAGCGGAAUCGAGAUUGUCGAGCGUAUCCCCAUCCCCGACGAGAUGAUUCCUAGCGACUCGCGGGUUGAGAUUGAUGCUAAGAUCCAAUCGGGAUACUUCACCACUGGUAAGCAGCUCACAGACGCAGAGCUGGCUCAAGUCAAAGGACGUGGUUGGGAGAAGUGGGAGGACAUUGCUGUAAGUCGGAAACGAGUUCCCAUGUAA